CUCGAUGCAGUUGAACACAUCGCGCAUCAAGGUGCUUCAGGCCCAAGACGACGUCGUCAACAAUAUGAAAGAUGCUACGAGGAAAGAGCUCCAACAAGUUGCUACUAAAAAAGGUCCAUAUAAAGGCCUUCUCAAAGCCUUGAUUAUUCAGAGUUUAAUGCGGCUGAAGGAGGCGUCAGUGUUGUUGAGAUGUCGAGAGAUGGAUGCAAAUGUAGUGAGUUCAGUAUUAGAAGAAGCAAAGCGUGAAUAUGCGAAAAAAGCAGGAGUGCCAGUCCCAAGCGUUGUCGUUGACAAAGUGUAUUUGCCACCUCCUCCUACCGACGACAUACACUCCAUUGCUCCUUCUUGUUCCGGAGGGGUCGUUUUGGCUUCUCGAGAUGGGAAAAUUGUAUGUGAGAAUACCUUGGAUGCUCGAUUAGACCUUGUCUUCCGCCAGAAACUUCCUGAGAUACGCAAACACCUCUGUGGAUAGAUAAAGCGCUACCGAAUUCGAGAUUAAUACCCAGAUAUGGAUUUUGAAUCAAAUGUUGAAAUGUUAAUGAUCAUAUGUGCUAAAUUUCUGGAUUCCAAAAAUAAUGGAGUGACACUCUCUUUAACGAUUGAAUUUGCUAGGUACUACGCCUACGAUGUAUCGUGUUUAUUCUUUAAUUUCAUCACUAGAGCUGUCUCUCAAAUUAUAUUGACAAUGGGAGAUCAUGGAGUUUCUUCAAAAUAUUAGUUAUAAUACAAAGUUUUUUAUUUUAA